AUGGCCACGAACGAGAAGAAGCCCCACGCCGUGCUGGUGCCGUUCCCGGCGCAGGGGCACGUCACGCCGAUGAUGAAGCUGGCCAAGGUCCUGCACCGCAAGGGCUUCCACGUCACCUUUGUCAACACCGAGUACAACCAGCGCCGCCUCGUCCGCUCCCGCGGCCCCGGCGCCGUGGCCGGGCUCCUGGGCUUCCGCUUCGCCACCAUCCCAGACGGCAUACCCACGUCCGACGCUGACGCAGACGCCGACGCCACGCAGGACCCGCCGUCCCUGUGCUACUACACCAUGACCACCUGCCUCCCCCACUUGAAGAACCUGCUCCGCGACCUCAACGGUGCUGUCGGGGCGCCGCCGGUGAGCUGCGUCGUGGGCGACGGCGUCAUGAGCUUCUGCAUGGACACAGCCGCGGAGCUCGGCGUGCCGUGCGCGCUGUUCUGGACUGCCAGCGCCUGCGGCUUCAUGGGCUACCGCAACUUCCGGUUCCUCCUAGACGAGGAGCAAAUGAAGAACGGGUAUUUGGACACGCCGGUGACACAGGCACGCGGGAUGAGCAAGCACAUGCGCCUCCGAGACUUCUCGUCCUUCGUCCGCACGACGGACCGCAGCGACAUCCUGUUCAAUUUCCUGCUGCACGAGGUUGAGCAGUCGGACCGCGCGACCGCCAUCAUCCUCAACACCAUUGACGAGCUCGAGCAGACCGCGCUUGACGCCAUGCGCGCCAUCCUCCCCCUGCCCGUCUACACCAUUGGCCCGCUUAAUUCCCUCACCGAGCAGCUGGUCUCGGAAGGCGAUAGCGGCGGCACGCUCGGUGCCAUACGCUCCAGCCUCUGGAGAGAAGACCAGUCAUGUCUCGAGUGGCUCCAGGGCAGGGAGCCCCGGUCCGUGGUGUACGUCAACUACGGGAGCGUGACCACCAUGUCCAAGCAGGAGCUGGUGGAGUUCGCGUGGGGGCUUGCCAACUGUGGCUACGACUUCCUGUGGAUCGUGAGGAACGACCUGGUGAAGGGUGAUGCCGCCGUGCUGCCUCCCGAGUUCCUCAAGGCCACCAAGGGCAGGUGCCUCCUGGCGAGCUGGAGGCUGUGA